AUGGCAGACCUUCUUCGGGCCAAGUACCUGGGGGACCACGACCUUUUCUCCCCGGCGGUUCCCACCAAAGGAUCACAGUUCUGGAACGCCAUCCAGAAGAUUAAAUGGUACUUCAAGUUGGGAGCGAAGCACCAGGUUCGCAGUGGGCGGAGGACCUACUUCUGGCUGGAUUGGUGGACGGGCACGGGGCCCCUUCGCUUUACCUUUCCUCGGCUUUUCGCAUGCUGCGACAACCACUUUGCGACCGUGGAAGGGGUUAGGUCCAACGGUGGCUGGACGAUUCGCUUCAGACGCACCUUUGGCCUAGCUGAGAGGGUCGAGUGGGACAACCUCUGUAGGAUCUUCGACCUAUCGCCAGCCGCUGAGGGCGCGGAUGUGGUUCGAUGGGCGCUUGAGCCUUCUGGAGAGUACUCCACCUCCUCGAUGUACUCCAAGCUGUCCCGGGGUGGGACGAUUACGCACUUCAAGGAUAUUUGGCGCACUAGGGUACCUCCAAAAAUCCGAGUCUUCCUCUGGCAACUCGUCCGGGGGAGGCUUCCCUCCGGGGACCAACUUGUCAAGCGGCACGGGCCAUCGAAUGGGCGAUGUGCCCUAUGUGGCGAAUGGGAAACUUGCGACCACAUUUUCUUCACUUGCCACAUUGCUGUCUUUAUGUGGGCAGGAAUCAGGGAGCUCCUCUCCUGCUCAUGGAACCCAGCAGGGGCUGCGGACUUUGUCGCCAUUGCCAACGGCUUGUCGGGUAGACUCCGUAGGAUAGCUUGGUUUACUUUCGCAGCGCAAUGUUGGGCGCUCUGGAACAUUCGCAACAAGCUAGCCAUCGAGGGCUCCCUCAUCUCCAGCCCGGCUGACGCCAUCUUUAAAAUGUCUAUCUACAUGCAGAGCUGGAGGGUACUGGUCAGACGGAGGGACCGACCACUGUUGGACGCGGCGCUGGACGAGCUUAGGAGGCUACAUGCGCGGAUUCGGGAUGAAGGACGCUGA